UUUGUGCAUUUGGUAAUUACAUUUUGUGUACUCAUAAUACUAUUAAUCAUAUACUUCGUGCAUUUGUGUGUGGUAAAUCAUUCGGGAAAAAGUGCAUUGCAAAUAAGCCGUCGAAAAGUGGCUCAGGACGAUCUGUAUACUCUGCCUCUGGGAAUAGUUUACCUAGACUUGAAACCAGAUAAAGUCGUCUGUAAUUCUUUAAUGGUUAAAGCGAGAUGGUCUUUGGCUCCCGGGCAUUGUACUUCAAUGCGGUCAGACCCUGAUAUGGCGUACUAUUAUCGAAGGUGGCGUAUUAAAUAUAGACAGAAAGAAACGGCAUCAUUUGCUACAUCUGACAUUAUGAAGAGUAUACCACAUCCUCAAUUCAACCGAGAUGAUUUCAGUAGCAAUAUUGGAUUAUUUGAACACGAAUUUGCGCUGGGUUCAUACAGAUACACGUACCCGGCUAAUUUCGCGAUUAACGAUGAAUCAGCAAGCAUCGCCGUUUGGGAACGGCACGCUGCAUAUAACUAUGAUGAGAUUGAGCGUUUGGGAAAUUACAAUGUUCGGCUCAAUACUUUGGAAAAAUGUGCUCACUUUCUUGCACCGGUUGUCGACCUAAGGAAUUAUGAAUUGUGUGCUGUCUUGUUCGAACAUCGAGGCGAAUUAACCGUAGAUCACGGAGCUAUUCUCAUUGUGGACUCAAAAAUAGUGGGAAUGUUCACGUGGGGAGAGAAAUCAGGAAAAGGCAUGCCCUUUAUUAUUGUCAACAUUCCACAUUUUAAAGAUUGGAUUGAGGCAAUAGUUUCUUUGUAGAAACAAAUUGCAUUACAGAAAAAUCUAAUAAAUUGUGUGUAGGUGCCUACUUUGCCACGUAGGUAGAUGUAGUAAGAUCUAUUUUGUUAUUAAAGAAUGUUA